UCAUACUCUUUUUCCAAGUGAAUAAAUCGAAAAUUAAAAAUGUCCCUCCCCUCGAAAAUCCCCCCUUCGUUAUCAAAAAUUUCCCACUACAUGAAAGUCGCAUCCGAGCAUGACCAGAGGGACCCCGUCGUCGCCUACUGGGCCCGGUUCCACACUGUCCAAAAAUCGCUAAAAAUCGACAAGGCCUCUCCGGACUGCAAGGUUUUCAUCGUCCAAUUAUUGGACUGGCUGGAGAAGAAGAAGAAGGAACUGGGGGGGAAUGAGGCGGUGACGAAUGAGACCGUCGCGGAGGCGCAUUUGGAGAAUUAUGCGCUGAAGCUGUUCAAGUACGCUGACGACUCCGAUCGGCAAGGAAUCUUUAAUAAAAACACGAUUAAGGCUUUCUACACUUCUUCCUUGUUGAUCGACGUGCUGGAAGACCUGGGCACCGUCGGGGAAGAGUUUGACAAAAUGAGAAAGUAUGGAAAGUGGAAGGCGGCGUAUAUUCAUAAUUGUUUGAAGAAUGGGGAGGUCCCCGUGGGGGGGCCCAUCGAAGGAGAAGAGGAGGGGGGGUAUUAUCCAGUGGUGGGAGGGCAAGGGGAGGGAGGUGAGGAAGGGCAGGGAGGGCAGAAUAAUUAUGGCAGUGAAAGUGCUGUGCAACCACCAUCGCAACCACAGCAACCACCUCAACAAGAACCCACCAGCACCCCCACCCUUGACACCAUCGCCCUCACCGCUUCUGCCUCGAAAUACACCCGUAUCGCCACCUCCGCCCUGAAUUUCGACGACAUCCCCACGGCGAUUAUUAACCUCACGAAAGCUCUCCACUUACUCCAGACGGGACGAGAGUUGGAGGAGUAGAUUUUUUUAUUUAUUUUUAUUUCAAAAAAUUAAGAGUAAUAAAAUUCAAUCGCUUUUCA